AUGUUGAUCGAAGACUGUCCAAUAAUCAACGUCAACGCCAAGGUGUGGCUUUUCUGGGCUUAUAUCCGCCAGCCAAAGUGGUACAGUUAUUUGCUCGGCUGCAUUCCGGUGACGGUUCUGAACGUGUUUCAGUUUAUGAAUCUUUUCCACAUCAUUGCAUCCGGCACGGGCAAUAUGAACAAGAUCAUCAUCGAUGGCUAUUUCACAGUGCUAUACUUCAACUUGGUGCUGCGGACUUCAUUCCUGAUGACCAAUCGCCGGAAGUUUGAGGACUUUCUGCAGGGAAUUGCCGACGAGUAUUCCGUGCUGGAGAAACAGCAGGAAAUGCGUCCGCUGAUGGAACAGUUGACCAAUCGGGCCCGAAUAUUGUCUAAAUCGAAUCUAUGGCUAGGUGCAUUCAUCAGCGUUUGCUUCGUCACGUAUCCACUGUUCUCGCAGGAGAAUGUGCUUCCGUACGGAGUGUAUGCACCCGGUGUUGACGUCCAUGCGACGCCAAUAUACGAAAUUGUGUUUGUUCUGCAGGUUUAUCUAACCUUUCCGGCGUGCUGUAUGUACAUCCCGUUUACCAGCUUCUACUGCACGUGUACCCUGUUCGGGUUGAUCCGGAUUGACGCGCUCAAGCGCUCACUGAAGCGACUUCACGAGUUCAGCCACAUCGACCGAACGCUGCAGGCUAAGUUGAAGGAGUGCUUCGAGUAUCAUAAGGGCAUUAUCAAGUACGUAAGCGAUUUGAACGAGCUGGUGACCUACAUAUUCCUGCUGGAGUUCCUGUCCUUCGGGUUGAUGCUGUGUGCCCUACUGUUUCUCCUGAGUACCAGCAAUCAGCUGGCUCAGAUGAUGAUGAUUGGCUCGUAUAUCUUCAUGAUUCUCUCGCAAAUGUACGCCCUCUACUGGCACUCGAACGAGGUCCGGGAACAGAGUUUGGAUAUCGGUGACUCGCUUUACAACGCCCGGUGGCUCGAUUUCAACAAAUCCAUCAAGAAGGAGAUGAUUUUGCUGAUUGCUCGUGCACAGCGACCGCUGGCGAUCAAGGUGGGGAAUGUAUACCCGAUGACACUGGAAAUGUUCCAAGCGUUGCUCAAUGUUUCCUAUUCGUACUUCACUUUGCUUCGGAGGGUUUAUAAUUGA